AUUCAAAUAUAAUAAAUUUAUAUUAACUGUACAUAUUAAAAAUUAUUUGUAAAUAUAAUAUUUUUUUGGUAUUUUUUGCAGAAUGUCUAAGGCAACUAAACGUAAACAUGUACAAAAAGAAAUGCUUACUGCAGAAUGGAAUGGUCCAGUUGAUGAUCAACGUAUUGUACGUAUAAUUGCUGGGCGUGGUAAUAAUCUUCAUGAGGUAUUUUCUGUAGAAGAUAACGAAAUAUUUCUUGUGUCAAUGCCAGCCAAGUUUCGUCGAAAUGUAUGGGUUAAACGUAAUGAUUAUGUUGUUAUUGAACCAAUUGCUGAAGGUGACAAGGUACGUGGAGAAAUUGUACGUGUUUUGACUAAAGAAGACAUGAAAAUUAUGAAACAGAAAGGAUGGGAUAAAAAGGAAGAAAAUUAUGAUAUUGCACCUAACACUAAUCGGCCUGUUGUUACUACAAUCAGUGACUUGAGCUGUACAGAUACAGACACUGAUCAUGAUGACCCAUCUGAAGAUACAGAUUAUUCUUCGUGAGAAUAUGCUUAAAUAAACAAUUUAUUUUCUUUUACACAUAUGUUGUGCUAAACAAAGACUAUUCUGUUAAUAAAACAUUAUGUGAUUUAUAUAUUAAGUUCUAAUAUGGAAAAUAUAUUUAAUUAGUUCUAAGUAUGUCUUGUAUUAUAUAGUGUUAAAAAUAAAUGUUCAAUUUGUUCAAUACUAAAAAAAUUUUUUCAUUUAUUGUA